AUGGGCAUUCCAUACUCACGAGAAAUCAAUGCAGCAUUCGAACAGGUAACGCCGCUCGUGGCCGCGGGCUUUGAAGUCCUGACAACCACCAAGGACAUUGCGAUUUUGUUGGCAUGCAUCCAAGUCCUGACCGUUGCUUUACUGUUUUUGAUCCUCUUGGCCAUACUCGGCGUCCUCCUGAGCGUGAACCCGGACCUGGCGAAGGAACGGCAGCAGCUAGUCACGCCCGCCAUGCAAUGGCUGGCCAGUUGGGUCUUGUCCUAUGGCAGGAUAGCCAAAUGGUUGUUGAACAUCCUUCUCCUUGCGAUCCUGGUCGGCUAUGGCAUGUUCCUCUGGCGGGGCUAUUUCGCCGGACUUACACUGCCCAAGUCGGAUGAUGAAGCAUCUGAUCAGGAGCCCACGCAGGGCAGUAAAGACAAGGACGAUGCAUAA